AUGGAUGAGAUAGAAGGGAGCUUGGUGGCACACUAUGAAAAGCUUAGGAGUUAUGGUUUGCAAUUAUUGAGGACUAAUCCAGGUUCCACAGUGAAAUUGGAUGUGGAUAUCAUGCCUGAUUCUAUAGUCCAUUUUUCUAAGAUGUAUAUUUGCUUGAAGGUUGUGAAGGAUGGUUGGAUUGAGGGGUGUAGAAGAGUGAUUGAUGUAGAUGGAUCUUUUUUAAAGGGACUUUGUAGAGGUGAGGUACUUUCAGCUGUUGGUAGGGAUGCUAAUAACCAAAUGUAUCCUCUAGCCUGGGAUGUUGUACCAGUUGAAAAUAAGGAAAAUUGGAAAUGGUUUUUGGAUCUAUUACUUGAAGACAUUGCUAUGGGACAAGGUAGAGGACUAACCAUCAUCUCUGACCAACACAAGGGAUUGAUUGAAGUAGUUAAGGAAAGAGUGUCAGAAUGUGAGCAUAGACAAUGUGCUAGGCAUGUUUAUGCCAACUUCAAGAAAAAAUUCACAGGAGCUGAAUACAGGAAACUUUUUUGGUUUGCUGCCAAGGCCACAACCACAAAAUUUGAAGACAUCAUGAAGGAGAUCAAGCUGAUUGAGAGUACUGCCUAUGAACACCUGAUGAAAAAAAAAACAAACAAACACAUGGUCUAG